CACGACACGACGCAGCCGAGCGGGGUAUCGCGCCCGAGGUGAGCAUCCGAGCGACUUGUCGAUACGUGGGGCCCAACGCGUCGACCGUUGUUGGCGCUUCAGCAGACGGCGGCGGCGGCGGCGGUGGCGGAGGAGGAGGAGGAAGAAGAAGCAGCAGCAGCAGUGGACACCAACAACGCCGUGACUCGUAUCUUUGAGAGGUCCGUCUUGGUCGGCUAGCCAGGAUGUCGAAGCCCGUCGAGAAGCCCGUCGAGAAGCCCGUCGAGAAACCCGAGCAGGUUUUAAUUAUCGAGCCGCAGAGCGAGCUGCGAUUCAGGGGCCCUUUUACAGGAGGUCCAGUCACAUCAUAUAUAAAAUUAACUAAUCCAACGAAUAAAAAAGUAUAUUUUAAGAUAAAGACAACUGCCCCAAAGAGAUAUUGUGUACGUCCAAAUUCUGGAGCCCUCAAGCCAAAGGAUGUCACUGAAAUAGCGGUAUGCUUACAACCAUAUGAUUUUGAUCCGUCGGAAAAAAAUAAACACAAAUUCAUGGUGCAAACUGUGGUAGCACCAGACGAUGAUGAUGAUGAGUAUCCAAUUGAUGUGUGGAAAGACAUAAAUCCAGAUCAGUUAAUGGACUCUAAAUUGAAGUGCGUCUUUGAGAAUCCUGUGACUAGUACCAGCGUUACAGCUAAAACGACUGUAACUUCCACAACAACUAAGGCAGACUCUACUGCGACUAACGGGAAGAACAAGGCAGUUGAUAUGGCAGCCAAAUCGUCACCUAAGGUACUUGGUGAGGCAGAAGAGAAACUAUUAAAAGCUGCACAAGAAGUUACUCAGCUUAGGGUAGAAGAAAGCACCCUUAGGCAGGAAAAUCUUCAACUUAGGGAAGAUUUAAUGAAGUGGCGGAACGCGGCAAUGGGCAACGACGGUAACCUCGCAGCAGCUAGAGGUCUGAUCUCGCAGAGCAAUAGCCAGUUAUCCCCGACAUCGCCGACUAGUAUCGUCAUCGCCAUCGCUAUGGUUAUAUUCGGCUACUUGUUGGGAAAACUAAUCUGAACAGCCUUUAUCUUAUUGCAUACCUCAGUGUAUCCCCACCGCCCCCCAUGUUUUUUUAGCCUGUCCUCUGCCGUCACACGUCACCGUUCGAUCGCAGAUCGCAGACUCCUCCAAACGUUGCGUUACUCGAAUGUUCAUAAUAAAUGCUAUAAACAGGAACGUGGUAGUGGUUUACGUUAAUAGAGCUGCUCGUUACGGGUGUGUGCGCUUUAACCUCUGGUAAUAACGCUUGGUUUUAAAUUUAUUUAUUUAUUUAUUUUUCGUUGUAUUUAUUAUAUCUCGGAAAAAACAAAGACUCGAUCGGAAAACGUUCAAAGUAAUACGAUGAGUAGUUAUUCUUGCAUUCUGUAUAUUUAUUGGUUUUGUCGUGAUAUUUUUAUUUUUUUCUUGCGAGGGGAAUUCUCGCUCUCUACGGGUCAGUAGCUUGCGUCUGUUCUCGAAACGGUGCUGGAUGAUACCUCGGUAUUUGCCGAUAACAUGUAAUGAUUUCGUAUUUACAAAUAGAUUCAGAAUUCGUUAGUAGCAGAUACCAGCAGGCCAGCUGUCACCCGGCACCGUUUUAAAAGUGUCUCGCUGAGAAUGUGAGUUACUGGAUCGUUUAUAUGUAUCGCGCACCUUUUCUCGACAUCGUUAUAACCCAUCCGAAAUAAAACCGAGCUAUACUGGUACAAACAAAAGGUCACACACGAGCGAGUGAGGGGGUGCUGCUACUGUCACUUCGUCACGGAUAGCAUCUCUCUCUCUCUCUCUCUCUCUACGUAAUGUAACUCUUACACGUAAAAUAACGUUGUACAAUCGGAAGCAGGAAACGACGGCCCGGGUGCGGAUGCACCGAGCGAGGAACUUCGCUACCUACGUUCGCGCGACUCGCCCUCCGUCGGUGCAUCUGCGUCGGGUGCGGCUAUUCUCGUUCCCCGUUGUAUGUACUGGUCUAUUUGAAAAUAUGUAACACGCAGAGGUCGGGGUCGGAGGGGAAGAAGGGGAUAGAGGCGGAGCUGGCUGAUGGUGAAGAGUAGUGAUUCAUGAUCCAACAAUUGGCCGCGCUGGUCGUUGUAUCCGCCCAGCGUUGGUAUAUUAAAAGUGGAAUGAGAGAAAAAAAGAAAAAAAAAAGAAAAAAAACCAGAAGACGUUAAAAUGCGAAUGGAUUUAUUGACGCUUCAGUGUACUUUUUAUUUCUUUAUGUUUUGUCUUACAAAAGUAACGAAUAAAGAUAUGUCUCGGAUAUCACAAA